GAGAUCCCCGGCCUUCUGGUUGAGUGAAGAUAUGCCUGUAUUUAUAGUCAGGCCCACGACAUCCUGUCAUGAACAGUUAUACAGGGACGUGCACCAGUAAGGAACAUCCGGACAGUGCUCCGUUCAGACCUGGGCUGCACCUGCUCUCAUCCUGGCUUCACAGGUGCUUAGAAGAACACGUGGCAGAGUUUUUCAUCAAACAAAUGGAACAUGUCGCAGAACUUUGCUGAGAUGGAUGACUCAACACACAAAGACCAACACCCUGGCAAAAAACAUUCCAGCAAGGCCAACAAAGUCCAGAAAGAUAACCACCAAAAAAAGAUACGCAGAUGGCAAAUAGCAUCUAAAGAGAUGCUCAGCAUCAUUAGUCAUUACAAAUAUGCAAAUGAGGACCACAGUGAGAUACUACACACCCCCCAGGAUGGCAGAAAUGAAAAAGAUUGCCCAUUGUUGGUUUUACUGCUGCACAUCCAGCACAAUCCUCCUCCAUUCCUUUUAAGAACCAGACUUCAACAAUUCCAGAAUCAGAAAAAAAGGGAUUCAACAGUCAAGCCAAAAGAUUUUAUUAUAAAAAGGUCUUUAACCUCCACAGGAAGGUUCGGCUCCAUUGCGGCUGGCGUGGGCAAUGCAGAGGAUAAUAUCCCGGGUCCUGGCUUCUACGAUGUCAUUCACCGGUCUCCGGUGUUCAACAGUGUCUCGCUGUCCAAGAAAGGGACGUGCACUUUUCCCUCUAUGCGUGCCCGACUGGACACCAUCAUUUCUAAAUACCCUGCAGCUAACGCGUACACUAUCCCAUCACAUUUUGUUUCGAAGAAAGACUUCAGUAAUUCCUGUUCCAGCAUGUUUCAGUUGCCAAGUUUUGCGAAAGCCCUCAAAUCUGAAACUCCUGCACCAAACCAUUACAAUGCCUCUGUCUCUUGCUGCAAGCAAAGAAACAACGUCUGUGCCCGAGCCGGGUUUAUGUCCAAAACCCAGAGAGGAUUUUUCACUAUCACUGACACAGGACCUGCCCCAGGGCAUUAUAAUAUCAACGAAUCCCUCGUGAAGCAGUCGCCAAAGGUCUUGACGUCUUGUUUUAAAUCAAAAACUGGACGUGGAUUAAAACUGACAUCAACGGGCCCGGGACCUGCUUAUUACAACCCCAAUGACCACAUCAAAAUUCUGAAAAAGGCUCUUUUCCCGAGAAACCCCCUCCUGAACUUCUCUGCCCAGCCUUCGCCCCUGCCCCCGAAGCCGCCUCUUCCAGGCCCCGGUCAGUACGAGAUCGUGGACUACGAGGGGCCCCCCAGACACUUCACCUCCAGCGCAUCGUUUGUGUCCAACACCAGCCGGUGGACAGCAGCCCCAUCCCAGCCAGGCCUGCCCGGCCCAGCCACGUACAAGCCAGAAUCCCCUGGAAAACAGUCCUUUCUCUACAACGAGGACAACAAAUGGAUCCCAGUGUUGUAGGGACCUCACACAAGCUCGGGGAGAACGCUGGCCGCCAGCUGCCUCACCCAGGCUCCCCAGGACGUUCAUUCAGAGAAUGCCCAUCUCGUGUGUGACAGACGACGACUUGGAGGGCAGAUCUGCCCCUGCCCCCCGUCCCCCGUGGCUGGCGUAGAGCUGGGAGGCUGCGUUUGUCCUUGUCUUGAACUGCCUCCUGGAGAUUUGACACCCGCCUCCACUGACUCCAGUGGUUCCCUGAGCAGAAAUGAGGGGUGGACAGAGCCCUCCUUGGUUACCUGCCAUGCCCCUGCCCGUGCUGGGACGUGCAGUCCUCCCCGCAGAUGUAAGAGGUUCCUGAAGCUCAGGCUCGAGGGAGAAGGCUGCCACUGGCAGAUUCCCCAUCUAGAAGCCUGACGCUGGGCCAGGGCUCGAGGUCCAGACUGUACCUGCUGGGUGGACCACACAGGACUGCGGCCCGGGCACAACUCCCAUCCUUCACCCUUGGCUUCCAGGAGCCGGGAAGGCCCAGAGGUGCUUGUGACAGACUCAAGGGGGUUGCCUGGGCCCGGGCCCCCAGCUAAGCCUACGCACCUCACCUUUAGGAAGAGCAUGGCCCCAGUCACCGUGGUCACUUGUGCUUGGUACCCACCUUCAGGAGAAGGCCACCACAUCCGUUGAGUGGCCCGGCAUUCAACAGCACACAUGGGCAGGUCGCUGCCGGAGCCAGAUCCCUGGAAACAGCAUUCCGAGGGAGCAAGGGGGCAGGGAGGCACCGCUUGGUGCCUGCAGGUUCUUUCUUUUACUGGGACUUUCCUAUCCCCGGGCCUGGCCUCCGUCUCCUCCCAGGCCUCCUGCUCAAGUUUGACACAGCCUUUGAUGAAUCUUUUCUGGCCUGCCACGUCCGUUUCCCCUGGCAAGAGGGAGAGAUUCCCAAAGAACCAAGGGGGAAUAGAAGAAACCACGCAUCCCCUCCUUUCCCAAAUAUUGAUGUUGUGGUUCACUUCUGCAAGCGGAAGGCACUGAUGCAGCCCCCUCCCCGCUCCCCACGGAGUCCGGGGCCCCUCCCCUGACUUUGCUCUGUGACCAGAGGGUGAGUGGCCUUCCUGUCAGAAUGGCCGCUGACUGGCCCCCCCUUUGGGGAGGGGUGGGUGAGGAAGAGGGAGGGAGAAGGAUGGAAUACCAUAUCCAAUUAAACCGACUUCUUGCGUCUCACCAAA